CGCCUCUCUGUUGGAGGUUACUUUCGGUCAUUCAUCCUUCUGGGAAUGUCUCUCUCACUUCUCGGUUUUUGAGAGCUAGCAUCACAGACCUCUUGUGUCAAGCCUUUCCAUUGAACCGUCUGGGUGCAUGUGCUGCUACCUGUCCAAUCUGUAAUUACCGCCACCUGCUUUGGCAACCUUUCCAUGACCUGAGAGCUGAGCAUUCUGAACUCUCCCUGAAGCAGACACUUCUCCCUCAAGUCUCUCUUUCUCUCCACUUCUGCCUCACCUUCAACCAUGACGUUCAAAGUUGACAUGCAUUACGUAGUCUUCUUGCCUGUGUACCUAUUGAUGUGGCUGUACACUCUCAUCACGUUUAUCCCAUGGUAUUUCCUCACUGAUGCUGGGAAGAAGAAAACCAUGGCAAAGAGAGAGAAAGCCAAGUCCACCACAGGCAAAGCAGAGGGCCCCUAUCGUUGUGUGGAGAACUUUGACAACCUGGCCCGGGAGGACUUUGAGGGAAAGGACACUCUAGACAAGCUGUUUGAGCAUGCAGUGCAGCGCUUCGGCAACGCAGACUGCCUGGGUACCAGGGAGCUCCUAAAUGAGGAGAACGAGAUGCAACCGAGUGGCAAGAUCUUUAAGAAGCUGAUCCUGGGGGAGUACAGGUGGCUGUCCUAUGACGAGGUGGACCAGAUCAUCAGUCAUCUAGGUAGUGGACUGGCAGCCCUGGGCCAGCAGCCCAAGAGUACCAUCGCCAUCUUCUGUGAGACACGGGCAGAGUGGAUGAUCACUGCACAGGCCUGCUUCAGACGCAACUUUCCAUUGGUCACUCUGUAUGCCACCCUGGGGGAGGAGGCAGUGGCCUAUGGCCUGAAUGAGUGUGGGGCCACUCACCUGAUCACCAGCACAGAGCUACUGGAGACUAAACUCAAGAGUAUUUUGCCAGAAAUGCAUAACCUGAAGCACGUUAUCUAUGUGGACAACAAGAGCAUCAGAAGGACGGGUUACCCAGAGGGCAUUCAGAUCCACAGCAUGCAGGCAGUACAAGAGCUGGGAUCCAAACCUGACAACUUGAGUAUAGCUGUGCAGCGGCCCCAGCCCACAGACCUGGCUGUGGUCAUGUACACCAGCGGCUCCACAGGACAACCCAAAGGAGUCAUGAUCAUCCACAGCAAUCUUAUUGCUGGCAUGACGGGCCAGUGUGAGAGGAUCCCAGGCCUGGGGCCGAAGGAUACCUACAUUGGCUACCUGCCUCUAGCUCAUGUGCUGGAGAUGACUGCUGAGAUCUCAUGUAUGACGUACGGCUGCAGAAUUGGCUACUCUUCCCCACAAACACUCUCUGACCAGUCAACAAAAAUCAAGAAAGGCAGUAAUGGAGACUGCUCUGUGUUGAGGCCUACUCUGAUGGCAGCUGUUCCGGAAAUAAUGGACCGCAUCUACAAGAAUGUGAUGAACAAGGUGCAGGAGAUGAGCUAUGUGCAGAGGACACUGUUCAAACUGGGCUACAACUACAAACUGGAGCAGAUCAAAAUGGGCUACGAUGCCCCUCUCUGCAACUUGCUGCUGUUUAAGAAGGUGAAGGCUCAGCUGGGAGGGAACAUCAGGAUGAUGCUGUCAGGAGGGGCGCCCUUGUCCUCCGCCACACAGCGAUUCAUGAACAUCUGCUUCUGCUGCCCUGUGGGACAAGGCUACGGCCUCACAGAGACCUGCGGAGCAGGUACCAUCACAGAGGUGGCAGACUACAGCACUGGGAGAGUAGGAGCCCCCCUCAUCUGCUGUGAGGUCAAACUACGAGACUGGGUUGAGGGCGGAUACACCAGCCAGGACCAGCCCCACCCCCGUGGAGAGAUCAUGAUUGGUGGGCCCAACGUUACCAUGGGUUACUAUAAGAGUGAGCACCUGAACAAUGACUUCUGGGUGGAUGAGCAGGGCCAGAGGUGGUUCUGUACCGGGGACGUGGGGGAGAUUCACCCUGAUGGCUGUCUGCAGAUAGUGGACCGUAAGAAGGACCUGGUCAAACUGCAGGCUGGAGAAUACGUGUCCUUGGGGAAAGUGGAGUCUGCUCUGAAAAACUGCCCCCUUAUUGAAAACAUUUGUGCAUAUGCAAACAGUGACCAGAACUAUGUGAUAAGCUUUGUGGUACCGAACCAGAAGCAGCUGACAAUUCUGGCCAAUAAGAACGGCAUCAGUGUCGCCUGGGAGGAGAUCUGUAACCACCCGGCCAUGGAGAAAGAGGUCUUGAAGGCCAUCAAAGAGGUGGCUACCUCAAUCAAACUGCAGCGUUUUGAGAUCCCAGUGAAAGUGCGUCUGAGCCCAGAGCCCUGGACCCCUGAGACUGGCCUGGUGACGGACGCAUUCAAACUGAAGAGGAAGGAGCUGAAGAACCACUUCCAGACUGAUAUCGAGAGAAUGUACGGAGGGAAGUAGAGCCACUAUCUGAUCUAACCUAAGAACGGUUUCCUGACAACUUUCACCAGUGAAAUGAGUGGGUGCGUGUCUGAAUGUGUGUGUAUGCUUGCGUGCGAGUGCAUAUGCUUCAACGCACGUGUGAAACUCAUUCCACGGCGGGCUGAGUGUCUGCGGGAUUUCACUCAUCCCUUGUACUUUAUUGAUGAAAUAAGGUCACUAAUUYMUAAGGAACUCACCUCACCUGGUUGUCUGUCUUAAUUGAAUGGAAAAAUCUAAAACCUGCAGAUACUUUGCCAACUAUGGAAUGAGUUUGACACCCUGCUUCAAAGCAUUCUGUCUGUGAACUGUAGAAUUGUCUUUCCACGUCAUCUCUUUUGUCACAUUAUGAAUGUCAGUCCAUAAAGUUCAGCACAGAAGGAUCAGCUGGUUAGUUAUGGCUAUUUGUGUUGGAGAUCGCACAGCGUUGUGUAAAACGCCAUUCGAAUGCAAGUCUUGUAUUUGCAUAUUGUAAUUUGCCUUUGGGAUUUAUUAUGACAUGUCCGUAAAUACUACUAUUUUUGUGUCUAAUUGAGGUAGGAGUCAUAAUGAGAUUUGCUCAACUCCUGAGUCGUCUCUUCUCUGGCCUCCUUUUGAAAAAGAUCAACAUAAUUGAUGAAAACAUUUUUGCUGCCCCCUAAUGAGCAAGCCCCCACAGUGCUGCUGUAUAAAUUGUUUACUUGUUCUGUACAUAGGAUCACAUUACUGCCACGCAACUGCCGAGCCCUCACAAUCCUUUAGGCUAUUGCACAUAGAUCAAAUCUGAGUGUAACUUUGGCCAUUUCUGUCACCUGUGCUUGUAUCAUUUAUGUUUUCAUGUUUUGAACCUGCUCAUGACAUUGUUAUAGUAACACAACCCAACCCAACCCAAGUAUGUCACAGAUUUUUCAGAUACUAGGUAAAUGGUUAAUGUCAUACUUGCUGUGUUACAGCAUGGAUUAUCAUUUUUAUUUGAGCAAAAAUUAAGAUAGUCCUUUAGCCUUCUUUUUUCAUGCUGAUCUCUUCCUACAACUCUGUUGUCUACUGUACAAUAUUUAUAGACUUAGAUAAUGUUUCAAGUCAUAUUUAUAAUGUACUGUAAUAGUUCUACAUUUCUGACCUAUGGAUAUGCCAACUUAAUAGCCUAUACUCUUAAAUAAUUUGACAUUUUGUGACAUACAGAUAUGAAAUACUCAAUAUAAUUCAAUGCAAUUUUUUCAUUAUAUGAUGUUGAAAAUACUAUUGAGUUGCAUGUGUAAAGAACUUAUAUUUAAAAUAUUUUAUAUGUAUAUUAAGGUCAUGUUAAACGUUGAACCAUUUUACAUUUUUUGGAUGAAUUUGUACUGUUGAACUGUUUAAAGGUCACAAUUGUGCUUCUUGAAACUUUGUGUGGAACCUUAAUGAAAAUGCUGUGUAUCGGCAAGUUUGCUUUAUCAUUCGGAAGCUGUUUAACGUGGCAUAUAAUGCAGUAGAAGAGAAUUGAUGGGGUCGUGACAACUGAAACGUGCAAAUCAAUGCCAAAAAUAAUAUUACAGGAUGCAUUGCAUUCAUAACAUAUAAUACAAUUUAACGAUUUUGCAAAUAUCUUCAAUGGCCAACACAUUGGGAUGAAACAUACACUGUUCAUAUUAGCCAUGAUACCACUCCGAUCCAUUGAGUCCUAUGUUCCAAUAGGAUUGAGAAAGGUCCAAAAAAAUGUUUGUGAAGGUUUUAUUAUUCUUAUACUCAGGGUUCCAUGCACCAAGAAUGCGACUGCAGUAGUAUUUAUUUUGAGACCAACCUUUAAUCUUAUUAUGUUAAUUGUGAAGCACUUAGGUUGUGUUUACAAUGGCAGCCCAAUUGUGAUAUUUUUUCCACUAAUGGUCUUUUGACCAAUCCCAUCAGAUCUUUUCACAUCAGAGCUUUUUCAGAGCUGAUUGGAUUAAUCAAAAUACCAAUUAGUUAAAACAAGUUCAGAAUUGGGCUGCCUGUGUAAAUGUAGCCUUCUUCUCUCUCCAUUUAUAUUGAUGUUUUGUUAAUUUGUAUUAUUUAUUCAAAUCUGUUAAUAUGUGAAUGAAACUGUGUGAUAGGGUUGGGCAGUGUGUACCUUCUGGUUAUGUCAUUUGAAAGUACAUAUUCUUUUUAUAUGAACAUAUUAAAGCUUUCUGCCCACUGUAAAA